AUGUCUGACCUCGACGUGAAGUCUGCUGGAGACUAUGUCUACAGCAAUGGCAGUGAGGAUGGAACUGACUCGCGAAGAGACUGGACUCCGGAAGAAGAGAGGAAAGCAAAGCGGAAGUUGGACUUGAUCAUCAUGCCCUUGUUGACUCUCGGCUUCUUCUGCUUGCAACUGGACCGCGGCAACAUCGCAAACGCACUUACGGAUGGCUUCCUCGACGACAUUGGAAUCACCCAGAAUGAGUUCAACGUUGGCCAGCAAAUGCUCUCUCUGGGUAUCGUGCUUUUCGAAAUCCCUUCUAAUAUGAUUCUGUACCGGGUCGGUCCAGGAAAAUGGCUCACCCUACAACUAUUCCUCUUCGKCACGGUGAGCACAUUCCAAGCUUGGAUGAACAACUACGGUUCCUUUAUCGCCACCCGCCUCCUUCUCGGUAUCACAGAGUCUGGCUUCAUUCCUGGGGGUCUCUGGACGCUUUCGACAUGGUACACCCGCAAAGAGACUGCCAAGCGCGUGAUGAUCUUCUACUUUGGCAACCAGUUUGGACAAGCAUCUGCAAAACUCCUCGCCUAUGGUAUCUUGCACAUGCGUGGUGUCGCUGGGCAGUCUGGGUGGUUCUGGCUAUUUGUCCUCAUGGGAGGCUUCACCAUCUUCUGCGGCUUCAUCCUAGGUUUCCUCCUUCCCGACUCCUUCAAGAAACCUCGCAGUGCCUUUCUGCCGUGGAUCCACAUUUUCACGGAGCGCGAAGUGCACAUUCUGCAAGGCCGUGUGCUUCUCGAUGACCCUGCAAAGGGUAGAAAGAAGAAGCGAAUCGGCCUUCCUGCUUUCAAGAAAGCUUUCUCCAACUGGAGGGUCUGGAUCCAUGUUCUCAUCACGCUCUGCAACAAUGGACCUCAGCGUGGCUUCGACACCUAUGCUCCAUCGCUUGUCAGAGGCUUUGGAUUCGCUGAUCUUUCCGCCAACGCCCUUGCAUCCGUGGGCCUCUUCGCCCAGAUACCGGUCUCUUUUUUCUUCAGCUUCGUCUCCGAUCGCUUCAAUCGACGAGGCGAGACUGUCAUCUUGACACUUAGUCUGGCGACAUUGGCGUACAUUUUCAACCGCAUAUUCACUGAGAUUAGCAAUCAAGGCCUUCGUUACUUUGGCGUGGUCUUCACGCAAACAUUUGGGACCUUUGCCCACCCUCUGAAUAUUGCAUGGCUCUCCCUCACCUGCACAGAUUCCGAGGAGCGUGCGCUCGCAAUGGCCAUGGUCAUCAUGGGAGCCAACACGGCCGGUAUCUACGGCGCGCAGAUUUUCCGAUCUGAUGAUUCUCCUCGCUACCGAAGGGCAUUCGUUAUCGGCAUGUCAGUACUGGCUUUGGGCACCUUUGCCGCAACAAUACGGAAGAUAGAUGAGGUUCUGCCCUCGAUCCUGAAAAGUCUGAGUGGUGUACUACCAUCCUCAAUCGCAAACAAACUUGAUGCGGUCGUACUUCGAAGAGAGCAGGCCAUCCAGGCUGGUGAAGCUGAAAGCACGAGCGAAAAUGAGGACCUGAAGGCUGCGGCUGUACCACCCGCUGAUGGACUAAUUGCGCCUGUGCCAGCCUCUUUGGGAAAUGGUGGGACGAAGAUAUGA